AAAAAGGCGGAAAGUAGUCCAUUUUUCCCAACACUCCUUCUUUCCCUCUCUAAAAUUCCCCCACUUCCCUUCAUCAAAAUCAUCCCAAUCUCACCAUUUCCUUCAGCUUUUCCAAAAAUGAAUUCCCCAAAGAUGAGUAAUUGGCUCAACAAACUUGGUUUCGGACAUGCUCGAACUGAUCAAUCUUCCAUUGAUUCUUCUUCUUCUGCAAUUCCUCAAGGACCCGACGAUGAUCUCCCUUCCCCGGGUCAACAGUUUGCCCAAUUCGGGGCGGGUUGUUUCUGGGGCGUUGAAUUGGCGUAUCAGAGAGUACCGGGGGUUACAAAGAAUGAAGUUGGGUACUCACAGGGUUAUGUACAUAAUCCUAGAUAUGAACAUGUCUGUUCUGGUACUAGUUAUCAUUCUGAGAUUGUUAGAGUCCACUAUGAUCCUAACGAAUGUAGUUAUGAGUCCUUGCUUUACGUUUUCUGGGCUCGUCAUGACCCUACCACCCUCAAUCGACAGGGGAAUGAUGUGGGCACCCAGUACAGGUCUGGAAUUUACUUCUACACACCUGAGCAAGAGAAGGCAGCACUUGAAUCCCGGGACAGACAGCAAAAGAUUUUGAACAGGAAGAUUGUUACUGAGAUUUUGCCUGCCAAGAAAUUUUACAGAGCUGAGGAAUAUCAUCAGCAGUACCUUGCAAAGGGUGGUCGGUUUGGCUCACAGCAGUCUGCUGAGAAAGGCUGCAAUGAUCCCAUCCGAUGCUAUGGUUGAGACCUUUUCAUUUGCAGCAUAAGAAUAAUGUUGGUUGUGUCUAUUCUUCUAAGGUAUGGUUGUUAUAGGCUGUAGUGUAUUUAGUCUAGCACUUAUACCUGCUUCAGGAAAAUCCGAUGUAGCUUCACCUUAGAUUUGUGAUGUAUAUAUGGUUGCAGAUUCGUGCCGUUUCAUGUUCAGAUAUGUUUAUUUGAUGCCCGUGCCAUAUAUUUGAGUUAUGAAAGCCAAUGGCGGGCCUCAUUGUUUAGGAGUUAGUAUCAACUAAGUGAUGUUGCUAUUGAUAAUCUUUAAAGAAAUAUUCCUGCAA